UCGGCUGCGCCCCAUCGGGACAGUCUACAGCAAGUCCUAUACCGCCGCUGCCCCCGAGCUAGAGUGUCCACGCGUCCCCCACAGACCAACGCAGACCAACGCAGGGCCACCAGCCAUGGCUCCCGCCGCGUUCGCGAGCCUGUUGGCAACCCUAUGGUGCACCGCGAUGGUCAGCGCAGGAGGGUCGAACCUUUUCCUGACUCCAAGAAGAUCAUCCUCCAGUUUUCUGGGCAUCAACAUCGGAGAAAUGAAGAUUGUUGGCGGCUCUGCAAGUACCAUCCUCGCGCACCCUUACAUGGUGUCGGUGGAAGAGUACUACACGUUCGCGCCCAAAUGGUUCCACAAGUGCGGCGGCACCAUCCUCAACCACUACAACAUCCUGAGCGCCGCGCACUGCAUCCAGGAGACCGAACGUGUGACCCCACCAAUGGAUUCCUCGUUCGGAGCGCGAUCCAUUGGUGGGGUCACACGUUGGGUUCCGAGCGGGAGUCGAACCACGGCUUGCACGGCUUGGCAGUCCCUGGCGUUCGAGUACCCCCACCGGCUGAGGCAGACCACGGUGUCCGUGGUGGACGCGGCCACGUGCGCCAAGGACUACAAGGGCACCAGGGCGGUGACCAAGCGCAUGAUUUGCGCGGCGAACCCAGGGAAGGACUCCUGCACGGGCGACUCCGGCGGCCCCCUGCUGAGCGUCCAGCGCGGCCGCGCCGACGUGCAGUACGGCAUCGUGUCGUGGGGCGACGUCUGCGCCGAGGCCAAGCACCCCGGCGUCUACACCAACCUGGCCGACGCCGACAUCAGGGCCUACAUCGCGGCCACCGUCAAGAGGAAGUGAGCCUCGAAGAGCAGGCCGAGACAAAAUAAAUCUUGUUCAAUCAAUUGGAAGCUAUAAUCUUUGGCAUUCAGCGUAAGGAGCAUGUUACGAGUAGUUUUUGCAGUGCCACGAUCGCGCUCAGCGGCGAUGGUGUCGAAUAAACAAACACAGCAGUAAA